UAUAGCAGCCUUCUACAACACAGAGCACGUGAAGAUGGAGUACAGCACAGCAGCUCGUUUCCACGAUUCUGUAACACAGUUUAAAGUCUACGAAGAUUACCUUGACUCCAAAGUCACGCCGAUGGAUUUAUUUUACUUAAAAAGCAGGGAAUUGGCCCGUAAGCUGGUGGAACACGGCCACAAGGGCACAGUCCUGAGCAGGAAGGAAUUUGAGGAGAAGAAAGCAGCUGCACAGGCUGCAGAGGCUGCGAAGAGCAACAGUUUCUAUAGCAGGAGUCGGCCAAUGACACUGGCAAGUGCAGGAAAAGAACUCAAAGAUAACUUCCUGAAAGCCCUGGCAGAGCGAGAGGAGGCCAACCGCAGUGGGAAAAUGACUUCGGUCAUUUUCAUAAGGGAUCAUAAUACUCUUGGACAGGAAGUAUCUGGCUAUAUAGACUACGCCCACAGACUCAAGACCCAAGAUUUUGAACCCUAUUUCAGCGGAAAGAAGAGGCUCAUGCCAGGGCGCUCAGAUUUAUGCUACUACAACUGGAAGACACAGGUGUCCACGUCCAACUCGAGCCCUAACUUUGAGGUGAUUUAUGACGACCCUAACGGCCUUCUCUUUAAGAACAAGAGGGACAAAAAGAUCUUGAAUGUGGACCCCUUGUCUGGUCCUGGUGAGGACUCCAACAGGACAUUUCUACAAUCGGAUCUCUACAUCCAUGUCGUCGUCUAUGACCACAACAUCAGGACAGUCUAAGCUUCAGAGGCUGCUGCCGACACAUUCAUACAUAUGGCACAUAUUGGAGAGCACUGGAAGCCUCUAAUUUGACCGAGUUGCUGUACAGUAGUUGCACCAUCAUUUACAAACUGUUGCCCUCAUAUCAUGCAUGCCAUCUGGGUGGAGGUGCUGCAGUGGAAAAAAUGACUUUAAACUGAGGAUUCCCAGAGGUAAGAAGUGGAUGGACCAGUGUGACAACUUGGAAGUUUCCUUGCAAAUAACCUGAGAUUUGAUGUGUUACUUCAGAUUUUGGGACAUUUCCCACCUAUGAAGUUAUACGUAACAUAGUUUUACCUUUAAGUUCUUUGGCCUUUUUUAUUCCAUUUAGUAAAUACCCAGUUUGAGUUUUUUUUGGCAUUCCCUGAAGGAAUGGAACCUGCUCGGGGACCCUGGGCUCGUCCCAUCGUUUGGCCUGGCAUGUUUUGGGCUGUUUGUCUAAACAAAUUAAAGGCGUAAGAGCUUUGAAAGAUGAUGGGGGUUGCUUUUAUGUCCUCCCCUAGGCUGCGGUAGCUCCAAUUGGACUGGAAGAAUGGUUAAUGGGCUUAAAGCAUUCCGCAUGUUCCCAGAUGCAAGGCACACUUUACAGGACAUCAAAGUGCUCUGUUAUUUACAUAUUAGUCAUUCACUAUGGUAUUUUUUUUUAAUGGAAGACAACUUUACAAAUAACCUGCUUUGGAAAUGAUUUAGGAAGUACAGAAGACUUGUAGCAACUUCUUCCCUUUUUAAUUUCUGGAUUUACACUUUUUUUGCAUUUGUUAUUGAAACAUAUGGUAAAAUUAAGCCCCACCACAAGUAACAUUAUCUAUGUCUAUAAGCUGUGAACAACAAAUUACAGGGUCUUUGUUGUUAAAUAAAUUUUCUGUAGACUCUGCAGACACCUAUUUGGGGGGAAACACUUAUACCAUUUAGUCAAAAGGAAACAUCCUGCACAUGUACCAGCUUUGUGGAGGCGUUAAUGUACAGUCUAACCAUCGAGCAUAGUAUCCGCUUUUAUACUUGCAUCAACUCUUCACUCAGCAAUGCACUUUUCCCCCCAUUCUUUGAAUUACUUCUCGAAACCCUGUUGCUUUUGCUUUCUAAGAGUUAGAUGAGAGGAAAGCUCUCUCAUAUCAGUGGUGAAUAUGAAAGUACAGCCAGAAGCCACUUAGCUUAGCAUAAAGACUAGAAACAGGGGGAAACAGCUAGCUUCUCCAAAGGUAACAAAAUCCGCUCACCAGCACCUCUCAAGCUUCACAAUUAACAUGUUAUAUCUGGUUUGUUUAAUCCGGACAAAAACCAGAGUUGUGGUUUCAAAGGAAGUUGUGCCGGACUAUUUCUUGGACUCCAUGGAUUCUUUGUCAUGGCUCCCAGCCAAGAAAUAGUAUGAUUCCUUUCUACCUUUAGACAGAGCCAGGCUUGCUUCCUGUCUUCCUAUUACGCUAAGAUAACUGUCUCCUGGCUGUAGCUUAAUGUAAUGUAUAGACAGUAAAGUGCGGUAUUAGGUUUUUUUCAUCUAACUCUCUGCAAGAAAGCAACAUGUUGAUUCCUUUAAACUGACAUAGAAGCAGCCAUACUUAAUGUGCCAUUGUACUACUUUCCCCUGCAUCAAUUAAACUGAAAUUUAUUUCUGAAAGUUACGAGAUUUAAUCAAAUUAGUUCAUUCUAACACCCAAUUACCACGGCAGCCUUCCACUGGCUGAAUUAGCCUCAUUGAAACAAUAUGUGUGGUGACAUGUGGAUGUGGGUUCUGGUUCUGUAAAAGCAGGGAUUCAGGGAAUGGGGGUCUGGUUUUGGGUUUUCUUAGUCAGUGUUUUUUUUUUAAUUUUUAUAAAGAAGAUGUGAGUUCUGGGCCUGUUUUGGGGUGAUGAUGAACAGACUUUGUAAAAGUCUUCAGGACUUUUACAAAAAAACUGUGUGAUUAACUGGGUCGAGAGGAGGUUGUGUUUCAUUUAUGUUCUCUUCAUCUUCACAAUGUGUUUUUGUUGUAGUAUGUCUUUAAAUAUAUGUUUUGAGUUUUGGCUGUUGCUUCAACAAAACUAACUGGACUUUCAAUUCAAAUUUGGCAGAAGAAUUGUGUUGGGAGUGUCAUUUCCUCUUUGACCAGAUUUAACCUCGAGGCGAGGGCUGUCCACCUGCCUCACUAUCUGCCCUGCUUGGUGUUUAAGUGUUGGGAGUAAAAACUCAAACUGUCCGGGUGGCAAAUGAACAUUUCACCCUCAUCUACAGCUGUUUAGGUUUACAGGCCGCAGCUCAUUCAUGUGGCACGGUGAUGGUGAUGAAACAGCCCGCUCUGCUCUCCCUCCCUGAAAGUGGCAUCAGUCGCUCCAAACACCUACCAAUCAAAACAGCAGAUGUGAAAACUUAAAAUGUCGGUGGAUUGACAAACAAGCAAGAAUCACUAGUGAAAUGCUACUUUUUUUAUGUGACAUACAGUACCUCUGUGGAAGACCAAACCUCAAAACAACAAGUUGCUGGAACUCACCCAGACAGAUCAUGUGUCUGUAAAUAGUAACGAUCUACAAUAUAAAAGUCUUUAAAUGGU